AUGGCUGCUGAAGCCGAAGCAGCUCGAGAAGCUCGAGCAAAAGUAGUCGCAGCUGAAGGAGAGACAAAAAGCUUCUCGUGCGUUGAAGGAAGCAGCGGAUGUUAUCCAAGCAAAUCCAGUCGCUUUACAACUUCGGCAUCUACAGGCGCUCAACAGCAUCGCGGCUGA